AUGGACAAACUAAUGGAUGGAGAAUUGACUAACUUCUCUUACUUCAAAUCUUAUACAGGGUUCACCGACUACUACAAUUUCCUAAAAACAGAUAAUGAUGACGACAUGUCUAUUUUCACAGAUUUACUACAAAACGAUAAGUUAAGACAUAGUAUCCAUGUAGGGGGACUGCCAUUCAACUCCGGGGAAGAAGUACAAAUACACUUGGCAUUUGACAUACUUAAAUCGGUAGCACCAGACAUAACUGAGUUACUUUCACACUACCGCAUAUUGUUUUAUAAUGGGCAGCUAGACAUUAUUGUUGCAUAUCCGUUGACAGAAAAUUUCUUACGUAACCUAAACUUUUCUUCGGCUGAAGAGUACAAAAAAGCCACUAGAAAUGUGUGGAAAGUUGGAGAUGAUAUAGCUGGUUAUUGGAAGAAAGCUGGCAAUCUGACAGAAGUCUUGGUACGAAAUGCCGGACACAUGGUGCCCCAUGAUCAACCGAAGUGGGCCCUAAACCUCAUAACUCGCUUCAUCCAAGGCAAAUUUUGACUAUUUUACAUGGGUUUUGGUAAAGUUACAUAAAAUAUUAUA